AUGAUGGACAGGAACUACCCGACCUCCGGCUUUGCGGACGCGCUGGCUCCUCCAGCACAGACCGUAGCUUCUUGGGCCUAUGACCGCAGCACAGCGAGUGUCAAGCCAAGUUCCAGUUAUGGUGCAGCACAUCUUGAUGCAGAGCUCCUCCAGCGUCAAAGCUACACUAACACCCACCAGCUUCCCACCUACACUACAUCGCACCUUCCUGCGACAGCAGGAACACUUGACUCGAGCAGUAAUUCUUCUGAGACCUCAAUCAUGAGCUUCCUGUCAGCCAUGGAAUCGAGAAGCCUUCAGGCUGGUCCUGUUAGUGCCUCACUGCUUCCUCCUUUUAGACCCCCAUCAUGGCCUGCCGGUACCAACUCCAGCACAGAGCUGUAUUUGACUGGUGCCCUGCCUUCUACUGCCACUUUCCCCUCUCCUGCUGCUCUGUCGUCCUAUCAGCACACUGGUGCCUACCCUUCCCGGAGUUAUGCUACCAACCCAUCCUUGGCUCUCCAGGAUCCUGCCUUCAGCACAUCCACCAAUGGCCUGUUCUCUCACCAUGACCCCCUCAUCCAUCUCAAAUCAAGCCAGACUCUGCUUCCCACUGCACUGGCAUUCAAUCAUCUCUCCACCCCAGCUUUGGGUUCAGCUCUGCCUGUGCAGUCCUCGACCUACCGUUCAGCUCAGGAGUCAGCCCCGCACCUCUUACAACCCCAGUUCAGCCUCCUCCCCUCUGCCCUGCCUGCCACUCAUGGUGCACCACAACCCUAUGGGGCCGCGGUUUUCUCAGGCUCUAUUGAAAGAGCUCUUCAGCGUGAAUGUAGUGUGAUCAAACACCACCAGAGGCCUUCCAGCAGCCACGCGGCCUCAGAGCAAUUGCCCAAUUCAGAGCACCCCUUACAAGGAUAUUUUGGCUCUGGCAGUGAAGUGGAUGUGUCCUACCAGCAGGACCCAUCCCGUCAGACCCCUGUGUCCUGCAGCCCUUCCACAGGAACCAAUUCCUCCCAAGGGAUCAAUCGGGCUCCACAACCCAAAACAGACUCAGUAACUCAAGCUUAUUCGUCCACUUCUGUGCCGAAGGCUAAAGACUGCUCUUCCAAGCUAGCUCAACACCCUAUUGGGGAUGAGGAGAGUCACAAGCACUCUCAGAAGCUGACUGGAGGGUCUCCUGACCAUUACUCCUCCCCAGGACAGAAGCAGAACUCGGUGGUUGCUAAUCAGCAGUCAGUCCAGCUAUCCAGCCUCAUGUCCAGUACUCUGUCUCAAACCUAUAUCAACCCACAAGCCCAGUCACAGCCCUCCCAUUCCACCUCAGACAAACACUCUCCCCUUUACAAAACUCUGCCUUCCCUCUCUAGCCAGUCUGACAAUGUGGCAGCUGUUAGUCAGACUCUUGUUUACUCCUCCAGUCCUGGGAUGAGCCAUGAGCAGGAGAUCCAGUAUGGGGCUCAGGUCCAGGGCUUGUGUCAGGGGAAUCUCUCUGAGAGCUACCCCUCAUCCCACUCUCAGGGUGCCCCAAAUGUGACUUUUACAUCUCUGUCACAGGGGCAAGUUUCUGUGACUCAGAGCUAUGCCACAGGACAAUCCCUAAACCUCAACUCCUCUUACCCACCAACAUGUGUGCGGAGUCUGCCCACAUCAAAUUCUUCACAGGACUACACCCUCAUGCAAUCGUCAGUUGGGGGUAAAACGCACGACACACUGUCUGGACAACAGACACAGCCCCAUAAAUAUGUUUUGUCUACACCGUUGCCUACCUAUUCUUCAACUGCUCAAGCCUUACAAAAUAACAUCAGAUCCUCAAUACAGGACAUAAAGCCAACAUAUGGGAAACAUAAACUUGUAGAGCUUCCUAUCCAGGACAUAGAUGCUCUCCAGCAGGCAUCAAUGGAAGCGUCUGCUGCAGCUAGUAAUAUGUCUGCUCUCAACAAUGUCAUCUAUGUAGUUUCAAAAAUGGAUGAUCAUCACAAAACACAAAGCGUUAUCCGAAGUUAUUCCCGUUCUGAUGACCAGCUCAUGGGACUAGAUCAUACGAACACAGCACAGAUAAAGGAUGAAAGGAUGGGUUCUCUGGGCCAGCAGCACAUUCAUCUAAGCAGUGCUAAUGGUCAGGAAACUGCCAACACAAAAACUACAAACUCCAGUAUUAUAUCUUCACAUGUACCACUUGUCUCAGAGCAGCUCAAGCAGCACCCUCUCCAACUCAAAUCUCCUGAUUCACAUCAACAAAAUCCCCAGAAUCAUACUCAGUCACAGAGCCAGACCCCUGUAGCCCACACCCAAUAUAUCACUGUCCCCAGCGCUCUUCUCGAACCCAACCAGAUGAUUCUACUUCAGCAGCCCCUAGUCCACCAUAGUCAAAACACUUCUAAGGUGGUAUCCGUGCAAGGUAUCCAACCAACCCAAGAUUUGGGCCCUGUUCAUGUCCAGUAUCUCCAGAUGAGCCAAGAACUGCUGGGGCCCAGUGUCACUGACUCCCAGAGACAGCAGGGCACAGUCGUGUCUGAACAGAGCUCAGGAUGCCCCGAUUCCUCUAAACACCACUACAGCCAGUCGACAAAUCAGCAACCAAACGAUGCCAAGAACCACUUUGCUCUCAACUCCAUUUGCUUUCCCGACUCUAUGCUUCUUGCAGAUGACAGAAAUAUUUUGUCAAAUGUCGAUGACAUCCUGGCUGCCACGGUGGCAGCCUGUGGUGUCACACCGCACGACUUUGUCAAAGCAACAUCCUCUGCUGAGGCUGACAUGGCAGUGAUGGCUAGCCCUGUGGAUUCCAAAGGCCACUUCCAGACUGUGGAUAUAAGGCACAUGUCACCUAGUUUCUCCUCAGCACAACAGGCAAUUAUAACAAACACUAACGCCCACAACAUGACCAUGACACUAAAUGAAGUUCAGAUGGCCACAAACUGCCAUGGUCAGCCUGUUCACCACAGCAGUUCUGAGCUUGACACAAAUGGAGAUGGAGGAAGCUCUGAGAAUGAUUAUCACUUAGCCGGUCAGGUGUAUGACCCCCCAGGUUUCCAGGGCAUAGUCAAAGGGAAUGCAAGGUGUAUUAAAACAGAGGAUGGCCUCAUGGAAUGCCAAAGCGUUGAAGACUUUCCAAAAAAGAAGGCUCGCUCUAAAUCCUUGACCAAACCUGGUGGUCCUGAGGAGGACAGUGGACAGGCCAGACCGGCCAAGCGCAGUGGGCAGGCAAAGCGUCAAAACUCCAGGGGUAGUGACGUCAGCUCGCCAUCUGCCUCACACGCUGUAUAUGAUGGUUGUCCGCAGCAGGAGAGAAUCAGACAAAAGAUCAGAGAAGUUGAAGAGAAACAACCAGAGGUCAAAACUGGCUUCAUUGGCUCCUUCCUCGACUUCAUCAAAUCUGGCCCCAAACAUCAAUACUCUCCAAGUCCGACACGGACUAUUAGUCGCCCGAGAAAGCCCGGCACCACUUCCAAACCACCGCUUGGUGCUUUGCCUUCUUUGCCUCCCCAACUGCAGACUCUGCCCGGGCCCUUGAUUCCCCAGGAGAGUCAAGGAGUGAGCACCCAACAGAAGCGCCUGGAUGAAGAUUUGCAAAAAAACUUGGAGACUCUGCCAUCGUUCAGCUCGGAUGAAGAGGAGAACACUGGGAGGAACCAGGCCCUGAGGAACAGCAUCAGCUCAGCGCUUUCAGCUCUGGAUGAGUCUUCAGAUCGGAAAACCAGGGCAGAUAACCAAAUCCCUGGUUUGAUGAUGAAGACGGACCACGUUCCCACCAUGCCCCACACCGUCACCGAGGCCUGUUUGUCCCGGGUAACCACGCCGACACUGACAACAAACACAAUCUCAUCAGGGACUGUUUUUGCGGCCAAAGAGGAGUCUAAAGAGGCCCCACCCGGCCAGUUGGCUGUGCAGUUGACGAGUGUGGCCAUUGAGGGACUGACUGACGAGGAGCUGUCGGACAGCGGAGGCGAGGGAAUGUACAGGGAGAGAGACGAGUUUGUCGUCAGGAAUGAAGAUAUUGAAAACUUGAAGGUGACAAUGAGAGCAGGCAGUGAGCCUCCAGCCAUCUGGAAGGUCCAGAAGGCUCUGCUGCAGAAAUUUGUGCCUGAGUUGAGAGAUGGAAAGCGAGUCUUCUCUGCCACCAACAGUUAUCUUGGAUACUUUGGUGAUGCCAAGACCAUGUACCAGAGGGUAUAUGUGAAGUUCUUGGACACCGUAAACAAAAGGGAGUACGUACGCGUUUGUAGUCGGAAGCCGCGCUGCAAGCCGAUGAACUCGCUACGGGGUGUUCAGGUGAAAACUCUGCUGGGCUUGACCGCCGACCCCUCCGCAGUCUCCCAAAGCCAAAAGCCUCGACCCAAACUACUCAAGUCCAGGGCAGAGCCCCCACCUAAGAAGAGGAGGAAAUGGAAGGAGGAGUUGUCACCUACUGCCUCAGGAUCAUCUGCAGAAGAGGGGGGUGAAGAUGAUGAAUUAAACCCUCCACUGCCGUUUGCUUCACGGUUACUCAACACGCGGACCAUGAAGGAGACAUUUAGGAGCUUUGUGGAACUGCUCAUCAGCAUUGCCCUAGACGAAGAUGUAAUGACAGCACUUGAGAGGGCAAACGAUGAGUUUAUGCUUCCACAGAUGAAAAGAGUGGAUGGGAUGAUCACCGACAACAGGAAACGCCUGCUUCACAAACUGCACAUAGGGCAGGUCCUAAAGACGGCUCUCGACAGCUUCCCAGAGAUCUCAGUUGUGACUGAACUUAAGAAGGAUGGGGAAACCCCAGCCUUUAAGGUGCGGCUCAGUGGGAAGGCCUACAACAAGAAAACAAUGAAGCCCUACAAGAUGCCUAACAAAGUGCCUCAGGAGUAUACAGUGGACCAGCAGAAAACUCAGUGGUUCUCUCUGUACCACUCUUUGCAGCAUUACAAGUACCACACUUACCUGAUGUGUAAGGACGAGAUUGCAUCUAUGCGGGUGCAGACUGUGGACCUGGUUCAGGAGGAGACGGUACAGAAGUGUCUGCAGAACGGAGCUUGGGUAGAGGGGCUCUUCGAUCGCUUCGGAGAGCUAAUCAAUCAAGUGCAGCAGGCCUGCCGGUGAUCCAGUCUCCACAGGCUCUGUUUAAAAUAAAUCAAGCAAACUGUAAAACAACAAAGUCCAACACGUAAAAACAUGAGGAUGCCUCCAGCUCAAUAUGGCAGCAGAGGAGGGUGCAGUGAGUUUCUCCUUCCAGCCACGGGGAUUUGAAUAUCAGGCACCCGUCAGCUGACUUGCCUGGGAGACGUUUGGGGCCUGUGGCCUAAAGGUGUCAGCAGUUGAACAGCGAGACGGGAGUAAAGUUGAAGUUUGUAUCGCUGCAGCUCAGCAGAAAGCAGCCACUUGAUCAACAGAGGACAAGGAUGUUGGUUUAGAGAGCAUUUCUUGGAAGUCUUCCACACAAUGCUUUUCCUAGUCUUUGUAAGUUUUUGUAGUUAUAAGCCCACUUUUUAUGGGCCUUUUCAUAGAGCUUUUUGUUUUUCAAUCAAUUUUCUUUUUUUUAGUUAAAUGCCAGAUUAUAACUAGUGAGUAUGCACUAGAUAGUAAGCAAUCUGCAUAGGACAUAGAGCACAACAAAUAAACAUGCAGAAAGUUGAUUACCUAGUUAUAACAAGCCUUUGUCAAUCAUUGGAUGUGUAGGCUCACAUACUGAAAAUUGAUUUAUUGAAAAAAUGAAAACAAAUCUCUAUUAUGUAUAACCGUAGUUAUAUUUUGUCUGUAAAACAUCCAUUUUAUAAUGGAGCGCCAACUUAUAUAUAUAUAUAUAAUGUACAUUUUGUAUAAAAAACAGGGAGGUGGGAACUGCAGCGAUUCUCUUCAGGAGGAAUUUAGUAACUACAUGCUGUAUCUAUAUUGUGGUUUAACUUUAGUGCUUCAAACACCCUUUUGCUUAUCAGAUGCAAGUCAGUGCCGUUCCAGUACUGCUUUUUAUGAACUUUGUUAAUCAAAUAUUAUGACCAUGACUUACCUGAAGGUAAAAUGAAAUAAAUAAGUUGUCUUUAUACUCCUUUACAGAUUUAACCCACAUUUUAUGACAAAUAGAUAUAUAUUUUUCACAUAAGUAAAUAUUGUUCUAAGACACUUUUUCAUUGUUUUUUUCACAGUUUUCCAAAAUGGACUCUUUAUAUGUCAGCUAUCAAUUUUACGCUAUCAAAAACAAUGUUGUUGUUUACAGUUGCAGUUUGUAAAUAAAGUGCGGCAGGUAUUAGA